GACCAAAGACGUGGCAGCUGAAGGUGCGGCUCUACAUCUUGGCGGCAAGGGUGAGCGUGCAGGCCGUGAGGUGGCAGCUGAAGGUGCGGCUCUACAUCUUGGCGGCAAGGGUGAGCGUGCAGGUGGCACCUCCCCUGUUAGUCCGACUGAGGGUGCUGCUGGGGAUCGCGAGCGGCCAGGCCGAGGCUUGGCAGCUGAGGGCGCGGUGCUUCCUCCUGGCGGCAAGGGUGAGAGUGCAGGAGGCGCCUCCCCUGUUAGACCGGCUUCUGAGGGCGCUGAUGCGGCGCGCGCGCGCCCAGGUGCUGGAGCUCGUGCUCCUCUGCGCAG